AUCCCUUUCUCUCAGCCCAUCUCUCACUAUCCCUUUUGCUCUUUAUUCCUUUCUCCCUCAGUCCAUCUCCCUCUAUCCCUUUCGCUCUUUAUCCCUUUCUCCCUCUAUCCCUUUCGCUCUUUAUCCCUUUCUCCCUCAGUCCAUCUCCCCAAUCCCUUUCCCUCUCUCUUCCUUUAUCAAUAUCCCCCUCUCGCUCUCUGUCCAUCUACCUUUAUCCCUUACUCUCCCCAUCCCAUUAUCCCCUUCUCUCUCUCUCUCUCUGACCCUUUCUCUAUCUCCCUCUAUCCCUUUCUCUCUCUCACACACACACACUCUCUCUCUCUCUCUCUCUCAGUCCAUCUCCCUCUAUCCUUCUCUCCCUUUAUUGCCCCCAGCCUCUCCCUCCCCCUCUCACUCCCCCUGUUGCUGCUGUUCGCUCCGGCUCUCUCCUCUCUCUCUCUCUCGCUGGGAGCGGAGGCCGGGAGGCGGCUGGAACUCACUGCGGCUCCGGGCUCCGGGCUCGGGCCGGUGUCCCCCAUCCCCUGUCCUUUUGCCUCCGCCGCAGCUGUAGCUCCACGCGGGUAGGAGGCCUCAGGCUUUCAGCGGCCCCGGGUAACGGCGGCUCCGAGGGCGCGAGGGAGAGAUCCCGGGAAGAGAGACCAAGGCUGGUAAACAAAGAUAUCCUCAGCUUUUUGUGAAGAUGUCAGGCAUGAAAAGAAAAAUCGAGGACAAAGACCCAGACUAUGAGGAUAUCUCGGUCUGUCAUCAGGAAAAACGAUAUAAAACGAUUGAACAUUCAGCACGUGAAGCCACUCUGCAGAAGAUUGAAGUUAUUAUCAAGGAACAGUUUUCAAUGGAGAUGAGGAACAAAGAGCACGAGAUUGAGAUCAUAGACCAGCGCCUGAACGAGGCCAGAAGGAUGAUGGACAAACUUCGUGCCUGCAUCGUGGCCAACUACUACGCAUCGGCUGUGCAGCCCAAGGUUGCUGAGGGUCCAAAACCGUACGAUCCGACUGUUUUCAAUCACCCAGUCAUCAAGAAAUUUCUAGAAUCUCCUUCACGAUCAUCGUCCCCAGCCAAUCAACGAUCUGAAACUCCAUCCGCCAACCAAUCGGAAACAGAUUCGGUCACUCACCAAGCGGACACCUUUUUGGACAAAGAAAGCGAGCAGGAACAGCUAUCUCAAGCAUGUGAGGGCAUUCAGUCUGACCGAUCCGAGAAAAGAGCAGGGCGGAACACUAGCCAGGAUACCUUUGGAGUCCCAACCCAACAGGAGAUAGAACAACGGUGCACCUACCUCACCACCAGUGAAGAUCCUUCACGUCUUUACGUCAAAAAGACAAUUGUCGUUGGCAACGUUUCAAAGUAUAUUCCCCCAGACAAGAGGGAGGAGAAUGAUCAGUCCACCCACAAGUGGAUGGUUUACGUGCGAGGUUCACGGAAGGAGCCCACGAUUGACCAUUUUGUGAAGAAGGUUUGGUUCUUCCUACAUCCCAGCUAUAAGCCAAAUGACCUGGUGGAAGUUAGUGAACCACCAUUUCACCUGACCAGACGAGGCUGGGGUGAAUUCCCUGUUCGCAUUCAGAUCCACUUCAGGGACCUGCGCAACAAGAGAAUAGACAUCAUCCACCAGCUGAAGCUGGAUAGAACGUAUACAGGCUUGCAGACACUUGGUGCAGAAACGGUGGUGGACGUUGAACUGCACCGUGACUCUCUUGGGGAGGACUACCUUCCCACAGCGCUGCCUCCUUCUGGCUCCUCUGCAGUACUUCUGUCUUCAUCCUCCUCCUGCAGCAGGACCCCUCAGUCUGUCACCCCCUCACAAUCUGCAAAAUCCUCCACUCCCCCAGUGACAUCAGCGGGAGGAGUUCACGUGUCUGCCGCAGUUUUGAACUCUGUUGCUGGAAAGCAGUCACAUGACUCUCUGGGAUUCACUUCAGAGAAAGUUAAGGUGGAACUCCCUGUUAAAAGUGAAGUGAGUUCAAGCAGUCAUUCAGGACAGUCUUCCCUGGAGCGCACACCAACCAGGCCGGUGGCCACUCAAAAGGUCACGUUUGGGACACAUGGAAACUCAGCUUUCCAACCAAUCACAGCCAGUUGCAAGAUUGUCCCUCAGGGGCAGCUCCCCAGCCCUGCUGAUUCUCCAGGGAAGUCCUUCCAGCCCAUCACCAUGAGCUGCAAAAUUGUGUCAGGAUCACCGAUCUCAACUCCCAGUCACUCUCCUUUGCCACGUACUCCAACCUCUACUCCUGUCCACAUGAAGCAAGGAUCUUCUGUCUCUGUCAUAAGUAACCCCUACAUUAUUGUGGACAAGCCUGGACAAGUAAUUGGAGUGUCAUCAUCAAACACAGGAGGGAGCCCCACAGCAAAGCAGACAGGUGCCUCACAAGGUGCACGUUCGCCCAUCCCAAAAAUCCACGGCAGCAGCUUCAUUGCAACAACCGUGAAGCAGGAAGAUGCACUUUUUGCAGCCAUGCCCCCUCUGUGUCCAAUUGGAAGCCAUCCCAAGGUCCAGAGUCCUAAACCUGUGACUGGGGGUCUCGGUGCCUUCACCAAGGUCAUCAUUAAACAGGAACCAGGAGAAGCAGUGGGCCAGCAGUCGGGGGUCACAGCAGUGUCCACACAGCAGGCUGUGCAGCAGUUUGUGACUGUGAAGGGCGGCCAGGUGAUUGCAGUCUCCCCCCAGAAACACAGCAGUGCACUUGGGCCAGGAGCCACCCAGACUAAGGUGGUUGGGAUUCCAGUAGGUUCAGCCUUGCAGCCAGUGGUGAAGCAGGCGGUGGCACUCAGCGGUGGGCAGAUAAUUGUUGCCAAACCAGGCACCACCGUUGCCCGGGCCGUCGGACAGAAGCAGAUUGUGGCUCAGGGGGUGGCGAAGGCCGUGGUGAGCGGAGCGAGUGGAACCAUCGUUGCUCAGCCGGUACAUGCAGUCACCAAGGCUCAGAGUUCGUCUGCUGUCCAAAAAUCAGGUUCUCAAGGCUCAGUUAUGGCCACGCUGCAGCUCCCAGCUACUAACUUGGCCAACCUGGCUAACCUACCCCCAGGGACCAAACUCUACCUAACAACCAACAGUAAGAACCCUUCAGGCAAAGGAAAGCUGCUGCUGAUACCCCAGGGAGCUAUCCUGCGGGCUGCCAAUCCAACAGCAGGUCAGCAAGUGCAGGGAGCAUCGACGAGCACAACUGGCAGUAUUCAGGGUACCGUAGUUAGUGGAUUACCCCAACAGCUGGGCUACACAUCGUACAUCCUCAAGCAGACGCCACAGGGCACAUUUUUGGUUGGCCAGCCGGUUCCUCAGGCCUCUGUGAAGCAUGGACCUGGUGGUUCUAUGGCAUCUGGCGUGGCAGUGCAGGGGCCAUCUUCUACAGGUACCCACCAGCAGGCAAUCAGAGUCUCCACUGCCCAAAAAGCAGUGUUUGCACAGGUUGUCCCCAGUGCCCAAGCGUCCUCUCUGCAUUCACUCGUACAUUCUCCUUCACCCGACGGAGCAGCAAGGCCACUGUCCGCAGCACUUCCUCUCUCUCAGCCUGGCACUACCACCCUGCGGGUAGCAGGAGGGGUCAUUACGACGGCCAGUCUCUCAACACCAGUCUCAGGAACAGCACCAGCAACCGUAGGAGCUGUGACUCUUCAGUCAGAGCUGAAAGGCCCCAGCCCUCCUGUGAAUUCUGCCACAUCCCUAGCGAAAGCCUCAGGCCAGCAGUCGUCAGUACCCCAGAUGGAUCUUGCCACCAGCCAAUCGCCUCGUGUCGUUUCUGUUGGUCCCCAGGCAGCCCAUGUGGUGGUUUCGCAGCCCAGUGCUGGAGGAUCCAGCAAAACCAGCAGUUCGGCAGGACCCAGUGUGAUGUCUUUUGUGUCCAGUUACACUGCUGGAAUGAACACAGUGAGUGGAAAAGCCGUAGCAACUGUAUCAGUGAAGACAGAGCCUGGCUCUGUAGGUGCUUGCUUCAGCCCCACACUUCCCACAGCAGGCACUGUGAAAGUGGAACGAGGAGGAUCGGAUGGGGCAUUUGAAAUUAUUGACCUUGAACACAUUGAGAAUGUGCAGCAGUUGCUGACUGCCAUCCUGAAAAAGGUGCCUCUGAUCGUUCCCAAGAAAAAUGAGGACUCCAACCCGUUCUGUGCGAUCUCUCUGGAGCAGUACUACAGCUGGAAUAUUGGGAAGAGGAGAGCUGCAGAGUGGCAGCGUGCAGUAGCCAUAAGGAAGUUCCUGCAGGACGUAAUGGAAAAAUGCCCACGGUUCAGCAACAGAGAGGCCAUGAAAACCAAGCAGAUCAUGUCCUGGUGCCGUCAGCGUGGCUACACGCCGCCCGAUCCAGAAACUGUCAUCAUCGAGGAGGAUUCGAUGGAAGAUAUACUGACCCGGAUCGACAAUGAACCAGAAUGCCCUUCCACAUACAGUGGGGCUGGUGAGCUCUGUCACAGGCUUAUGGAGGUGGAGGCCAUUUUGAAAACUGAGCCUGAGAGUGAUGAAGAGGUUGACAUCAUUGGCAUGGUCGAGCCCUCUAAAGUGAAAGUCAAGAAAGAGCUGGAGGAGGAGGAUGAAGAGGUCAAAUUCUACAUGGGCUUGAUGCCAGCCAUGGAAUAUGCCAGAGAUACAGCACAGCAGAUUGGUGUUACGAUCGAACCCUUGGAGGUGGAGAGCCAUGUCUAUGCGCCGGUGAUCGAAGACAUGAUAAUAAAGGCUGCUGAACAGUUUGUAAGUGACAUCCUUCGAGAGUCUUUGGGAAUUGCACACCAGAGCACUCCCCACAACAGAUCGCCCAAAGAACUGAGUGUAAUCAACGUGCACCAAGCCAUCUGUAACAUCUCUGUCUGCGACUUCCUCACCAACAAAUACAUGGGCAUGCUGGCAACUGAACAGACCCCACAACAAGAACUAUGAAAGUCUUCACACUCCUCCCACCCUCUGCAUCCAGACAGGGACCUGGGAAUGUCCAAGCCAGCUGUUGUGCUGACUUGUCACUGUGUCCCUUGUGUUUCCUGCUGCGUCCAUGGGAACGAGGGUGAUGCUAUGCCUCUGCAGAUUGCUUGUCACUAGCAUUCUCCCUAGGGCCACAGAAGCUUCCAGGCCUGUUGGAGCUGGCUCUUGUCGGAGGGGAUGGGACAGGAAUAUUUUUGUGGUUGAUUAAGCAGCUGGACAAAGAUGUAAUGGGCGAAACCACUCGGUGACAUAUUUUUCAGUGUCGUUGGAUUGGUGCAUGAGGGAGGAAACUGGAUCAAUGAUAUGCUUACACUGUGAUGGACAGUUCAGGAAGAUCUCAAUAGAGAUCAUCCCUUAAUUUGAGCAGUCACGCUUCUGGACCAAAUAAUGGCAUCCAAUGAAUAAAGCAAUGUUAGAUCUUAAACUCCCUCCUCCAUCCCCACCCCCUUUCCGUUUCUUCCCCCUCCUUUUCGUUUUUUCCAAUAAUUUAUAUAGAUUUUUCUUUUCCCACCUAUUUCCAUUAUUUUUAAUCUAU